AUGGCAACACCUAUCGUCUCAUGGCCGCAGAAGCGCAAGGCUCCGAUCUUGAACAUGUCACGCUCAACCAAGCGCACCAGGUCUGUCUCCAUCUCCGUCAAGGUCACCCAUGAAGCGGCACUCCAAGACUUCCUCAGCGACCCGGAAGUUCCUGUUGUACCGAACAAUCCGCAAGCUUGUCUCGGUAGUAUACCGGAAGAGCUUCUCCUGAAGGUUGUGAAGUACCUGUACCAAGAUCGCCGAGCACUUGCAAUACUCUGCCGUACAAAUCGACGUUGCAAACGAGUUGCAGAAGAGGUCCUUUACAAGAACAUAGGGAGGUUAUCCUACAACUACGAGAAGGCGCGGUCAGUCGCUAGCAACACUCUCUUAGGCAGCCAUGUUCGCAGCUUUGAUGCCGCAUUCUGUACGAAGAUGCCUAGGAUAUGGCCCAAACAGUACGACCAACAACCAGUUGAUGCCAAAAACGCAAGGCAGACAUACAUCAAGGUCCUUGCCAGUGCCCAUAAGAUCCAACAUUUCGCACUGGAGGAGUGCGAUAACUAUCACUGGCACGCCAAACGUGACGAGCUUGCGCGUACACUGGGUUGGCUGGAACUAUUCAACAAUGCUGUCGCGCAGUCCGUCGACGAGCGUGUCAAUCAAUUUGCUCACCUCAAAAAGCUCACAAUCAUAGCCAAUCUCAUCUCUGUCGAGGAGAUCUCCUGUGUGUUCCGUCUUCCAUCCCUCGAAUCACUCUUUCUCCAAGAUGUUCACCAGACAACGCCUUUCAAGAAUUGGUCGAUCCCCACCUCAAGCAGCCCUAUACGAGAGUUUGCUCUUCGAAAUGCGAUGACAGACAUCUCGGCCGUCGUACAGAUGAUCUCUUCAGUGAAGUCUCUUCGCAACUUCAUGUACGAUCACAGUACCAAGGCCUGGGAACCGUUUGGGGAUGAGGACAGUCCAAUGACAAUCUGGCCUGAGCACUCAUGGAAGCUAUUGGGCGAUGCACUGAGGAAACACCGGGAUUCUUUAGAAGAACUGUACGCGUUCAACUAUUGCGACAGGGCGCUCUUAGACGUUGUCUAUCCCGACGGUCGAGAUGUUGGGACUCUAGGCUCUUUCCGAGAUUUCUCAAAGCUUGAGUUUUGCGGUAUUCCAAUGGAAGCCUUCCUCGAUACUGCCACUGCCGAGAAAGAUUUCUCCUUGUACCUCCCACCACGACUAAAGCGCUGGUACACCCACAUUACACCAGGAACCCCCAAGCUCUUGGAGAGGUGUGUCCCGGCGUUAACGUCCUUGAGAGAUGUCGUCUGUGCGGGCCAAGAUAGGACAGUCCGCGUGGUAUUGUUAGGUGGUCUGCCGUUACAGACGCUCGAGCUGUCUCGUGCCUUCGCUGUACUGGAAGAAGCCGGCAUCAUACUUGAAAUCCGCUACGAUUACGCCAUGAUCACACUGAACGACUUGAUACAAUUGGAGACUCUUCAUGAUGAGGAUGAUUCAGACGAAGAGUUAGACGAACACCAGGAGGACGUGGCCGACGGGGCAGAAGGAGGGGAUUUGGUGGACGCGAUAGAAGAGGACAAUGUCGGCGCACAGAACGGACACAGCCCGGCCGCUACUACCGAUGGAGAAUUAGAAACAGCUGAUCACCCUGGAGAUGAUGUGGAGUAA